AGCUUUCAGAGAGGGGCUGACUCACAGCUGCACUCUUGUCUACCACUUCUCUGAGUCAUGGAAUGACGGCGAUGGGGACUGUAUCAUUUCCUUCCAAGGCCGUACAUAUGAUUGGGUAACAGGUUGUGACAGAGAAGAGGCAAAAGUCAAAAGGGUCGCCUUGAAGGAAAACGGACUUCAAAGAUUGAGGAGCACUUACUCUGUCGAUACCGGAGAUAUAAUGUUUAGAAUCUGCGUAGUGGGGCUGACUAUUUAAUCUUCUCAAAGCAGAAACUUCUGCUGUAAAACCUUGAUCCUUGCGGGAGUCACGAGGCUUAUGUCAGUCCAUAAAGGGAUAAGAACCUCAAUUUGAAGAAUUUGCUGGUGAAAUUUCUACUUAGAUCUCCUGAUGUUUGGGUUGUACUGAAUACAUGACAUAGACUUCAGUUGCUGCUACAGCUGCUUUCGUUUUUUAUUAUUUUUUCAUCUGCCCUGGCACCACAUCUUGCUGCUAACCGCCUCAAAGCCUUGUAGUCUAAACCCUCGCAAAGAGCCAUACGUCAUUUUUAGCUUUCUCUGUCCUUUUUGGUUUUUAAAACGCUGGUGCUGUUUAACUUACAAUCCCGUUGCACAAUGAAUUUCAGAGCAGAAGUACAUUCCAUUUUGUUGCUCCCUGUCCAUCUGUUUAUGUGGCUGUACACACUCCUUACCUUUAUCCCAUGGUAUUUCCUUACUGACACCCGAAAGAAAAAGACUAUGGCCAAGCGGAUUAAAGCCAAAUCCACCACCGGCAAGGCUGAAGGUCCCUAUCGUUCGGUGGAUCAUUUUCAAUCUCUGGCCACAAUGGACUUUGAGGGGAAGGAUACUCUGGACAAGUUGUUUGACCAUGCCGUCCAGAGGUUUGGCAAAGCAGACUGCCUGGGAACCAGGGAGGUACUGACGGAAGAAAAUGAAACGCAGCCCACCGGGAAAGUAUUUAAAAAGUUAAUUCUUGGAGAAUACAAAUGGCUCACUUAUGAAGACGUAAACCGUCAAGUCACUCUUUUUGGCAGUGGGAUAGCAGCUUUGGGACAGCAACCAAAGAAUACCAUAGCCAUUUUCUGUGAGACCAGGGCCGAGUGGAUGAUUGCAGCACAGGCCUGCUUUAGGCGCAAUUUCCCAGUGGUUACCCUGUACGCCACUUUGGGAGAGGAUGCUGUGGCCUAUGGCCUGAAUGAAUCUGGUGUCACUCAUCUUAUUACUAGUGUUGAACUUCUUGAAACUAAACUUAAGAAGGUUCUGUCAGAAAUUAAGAACCUAAAACACAUUAUUUGUGUGGAUAAGAAGAAUGCAAGCAAAACUGGAUACCCAGAAGGGCUGCAUAUUCAUAGCAUGGAGUCAGUUCAGGAGCUGGGAGGCAAGCCCGAGAACUUGAGCGUGACCCCAUGUCACCCUCAGCCCACAGACCUUGCUGUGGUCAUGUACACUAGUGGUUCCACUGGACGCCCCAAAGGAGUCAUGAUCAUUCACAGCAACCUGAUUGCAGGCAUGACAGGACAGUGUGAGAGAAUACCAGGACUGGGCCCAAAAGACACUUAUAUUGGCUACUUGCCUCUUGCACAUGUUCUGGAAAUGACAGCUGAGAUUUCCUGUGUCACAUAUGGCUGCAGGAUAGGUUACUCUUCUCCGCAAACACUGUCUGAUCAGUCAACUAAGAUCAAGAAGGGUAGUAAGGGAGACUGCAGUGUGCUGAAGCCAACGUUGAUGGCCGCUGUUCCGGAAAUAAUGGACCGCAUCUAUAAGAACGUAAUGAGUAAGGUGCAGGAGAUGAGCUAUGUACAGAGGACGUUCUUUAAACUGGGCUAUAACUACAAGCUGGAGCAGAUCAAAAUGGGAUAUGAUGCACCGCUCUGUAAUGUGCUGCUGUUUAAGAAAGUGAAGGCUCUGCUGGGAGGCAGUGUGCGAAUGAUGCUUUGUGGCGGGGCUCCCCUCUCCUCCGCGACCCAGAGAUUUAUGAAUAUCUGCUUUUGCUGUCCUGUGGGUCAAGGAUACGGGUUGACAGAGACAUGUGGAGCUGGCACAAUCACAGAAGUGGCGGAUUACAGCACUGGGAGAGUUGGGGCACCUCUCAUCUGCUGUGAAAUCAAAUUACGAGACUGGGCAGAGGGUGGUUACACGAACCAGGACGUGCCCCACCCCCGGGGAGAGAUUCUGAUCGGUGGACCCAACGUCACAAUGGGCUACUACAAGAAUGGCCAAAUUAAUGAGGACUUUUUUGUGGAUGAAAAUGGACAGAGAUGGUUCUGCACUGGAGACAUUGGUGAAAUUCACGCUGACGGUUGCCUACAGAUUGUUGAUCGUAAAAAGGACCUAGUUAAACUCCAAGCAGGAGAGUACGUAUCUCUGGGCAAAGUUGAAUCCGCUCUGAAGAACUGUUCCUUGAUUGACAAUAUCUGUGCAUAUGCAAACAGUGACCAGAACUAUGUAAUAAGCUUUGUGGUACCAAACCAGAAGAGGCUGACAGCUUUGGCCAACAAACAAGGCAUCAGUGGUGCUUGGGAGGACAUCUGCAACCAUCCUGCCAUGGAGUCUGAGGUUCUGAAGGAGAUUAAAGAAGUUGCUACAUCAAUCAAAUUACAGCGCUUUGAAAUUCCAGUCAAAGUGCGCUUGAGCCCUGAGCCAUGGACCCCAGAAACAGGGCUGGUGACAGACGCUUUCAAACUCAAGCGCAAGGAACUGAAGAACCAUUACCUCAAUGACAUCGAGAGAAUGUACGGGGGUAAAUAGGGCUGUGUUUCACUGGCCCGGGGAACAAGUGAAGAAUGUGUGUAAAGUUUGGGUCAUCUUUGACUUUUAAAAAAAAUACUUAUUGAUUUACUAAUCACAUUUGUAAAUGUAAUUAUUUAUAUGCUCGUCUUUGUUGUAAACACAACCGCUAUCUGACAAGUUCGUCCUUUGAAGGGUUACAACAAAAUCUUGUUUGUCUGAAUAAAUCUCACAGUUUUUCAUGGAAGAUUGUCUUUACGAGGUCUUAUAACGUUUUACUUAUUCUGCGGUCUUUAAAGAUAAAAUUGUCUUGUGAGCAAGUUCAUGUUGAGAGGGAAUCAAAAAUACAAAACUGCCAUUUGUUUGUAUUCAUAUUUUGUAUCUCACGUAGCUGAGCUCUAAUGUAUAUGAACUAUGUGUACAUUUAUAAAUAUUUUUGUGCCUGUAAAAAGGGAGUAAGUAUUAUAAUGCUUGAAUUAAAGAUAGAUUCAUUGCUGAUAUUUAAAUAACCAAAAACGUUAAAUGCUUGUGAUUGGUGCAAUGAAACGUUAUUGCUCAGGAUGUCUAGAAGAGCCUGUUUAUUUUAAGGCACUUUACUGCAAAGGAUAUCCACUAGAGGGCAGUAAUGCUGCAUAGUGUGCCUGCUGUAAAAAUAUUCAUCAACAAAUACACUCCCAAAGACAUUCCACUCAAGAUUAUUAGAAAUGUGUGUACAAAUGAAAUGUUGAAAUGUUGUACAAGUUCUAUAAAAUGUUGUAGAUAUUACUGGAUAGCCUAAAUAUUUUUGUGAAAUGUAGUAAUAGUUCAUUUUGCAUUAAAAUACAUAAAAUCAAUUAAUCCACAAAUUAGCAAGCACAACACAAAGCAUUUAUCUUUUCUGAAUUCACUAUUUUUCCGUUAUACAAGUGACAUGCCAUCUCUCAGUGGAUUAGGGGAUACUGAUGUAGCCGGAAAUUUUUUUAACUGAAUUCCAGCCAGUGUAGGUAAACUUUUAAAUAUAACCUCAAACAGAAUCAUUUCAAUGUGAAUAAAUAGGGCAGUUAAGAUAGCUCAGAGUUAGGAUAUCCCCCAUAUUUAUACGUUUUGAAAUGUUUAGAUUUCACGUCAUUUGAGGUACUGAAUGUUACAUUUUAGGUGACAAAGUAUGCUUUUAUUUAUGAUACAUUUUUUCAGACUCCUUGUACUACAUAAAUAGAAAUUAAGACUAUUUUAAAGCCUCCAAAUAUGCACUAGACUCUACAAUCGAAAUUGUGGAAAAUCUACUUAUGUUUGCACUUGUCCUCUCACUAUUGCCUAUGACACUGUAUUUUUUUUUGUUUAUCAUUACUAUUUAUCGGUUUUUGUACAGCAGGACAUUUGUAUCUUUAUUUCCAUUGUUUCUGUACGACACUGUGCAUUUCUUGUAACUAUGAAAAGCACUAUGAUUUUGUACAAUUCAUUCUAUGUUAAUUUAAAAUGUGGUUGCAGGUAGGAAUGCCCUGAAGUAGUGACUGCUAAACUAAAUAAUGGUCAGAAAACAGAACUGCUAACUUGUUAGAUCUACAAAUAUAGAAAAAUAGAACUUCCUGCGAGUGCUAUCUGAAACGAUUUUGCUCUCAAGUGUUUCAAUAAUUCAGAGAAACAAUAGCUAGAGAUUCAUUCUUACAAAUCAGGUAACCUAUUCUGUCAUACUGUUGUGUUUUGGGUACAUUUCAUUGUUCAGUGUCUACAAACAGGAAAAAAGUAUCGAUGGAACUGAUGAAACUUGAAACGUUUGACUUAAAGCAUUUUCACAAAAUGUCAUUUUAUAGCUGUGGCAAAAUGGGGAUGUGUAAUACCUACCAAAUUCAGCAUCUUUGGUAAUAGUUUAAGAGUUUUUUUAAAGACAAUUUGUACAGUAAAUGUUAAAAUGUGCUCACUGUAAUUUGAAUCAAUGUUCGAUGGCUAUAUUCUUCAGUUUAGUCAAUCAGAUCUUUGAGAAAUGUCAUGCAGUGCUUUUGACAAGCUGUUCUUCAGUACACUUUAGGAUGUACAUCUCUCUAAAACUCUAUUGAAAACACUUACGAUUUCAUGUAGUAAGGUACAUUUUGGACCUGAAUAUAGUAAGUUUUUAUAUUUUUUUGUUGCAGCAUGGUUUGUGUUCCUAUUCUGACUCAGACUAACUGAAAUUUGUAUAUAAUUCACCUGUGCUUUAUUCCUUUCAUUUAAUGUCUGUUUGAUCUGUGAAACUGAGGAGUGUUAUUCCUAAUCAAUCUGUUGGCUGCCUCGUACAAAAUAAUGUACACCCUGGGAAAUAAACUUCUCCAUUCACUAUUGAUUCAAAGAGAAAUACUGUAUACUGAAUAAAAGAUCAUAUUGAAAACUGCA